ACCAGCGUAAACACGUAGCCUUUCAUCCCCCUCCUCCUGCUCAUCCUCCCUUGUCCGUGCGUGCUCUGCAGAAGCGCCCAAGCCAGGGGAAAAUGGCAGACCCGUUGGCAGACCGGUAUUUUGAAAAGAUUGCAGCCAUUCAGCUAAGCAUGAAUGAAAAAGAGAAACGGAGGCUGGAGCUGGAGAGGGAUCUGUUUGCUUACUCCAGAUCAGAUUCAAGAAUCUUGCAGAUAAAGAGUUCCAAACUGCGCAGCUAUCUCAAAGAAAUCUGCGACAGGGAAGCACGAGCGAAAACGAGAAACCUCGAGCUUCUGAGAGAUGUGGAGAGGGUGGAAAUUAGCAUGAAAGAAUAUCAUCCUGACCUCGUGCCCCUGCACAAACAAAAGGCUGACUUUUUAAAAAGGAUCCAUAAAUUCCAAGAAGGAAACAAGAAGAUGGAAGCAGAAAUGGUUGAAUCUGUGCAUGAACGGCAACAGAGCCACAGCUUUCACUCAAAGAAGAGUUUUAAACAAUCAUCAGGAGGAAUUUUCACCGGCCAGCAGACCUCCCCGGGGCCUGACACUGAAGCCGGCACUACGAGAGUACACUCACACCAGGCGUUGCAUCGUUCACCCAAUCACAGCGUGCACUCCCGCGAACAUCUACCAAGUGGCCUUUUGAAGAACUUCAGAGUUGUCGGAGAGGAUGCCAGUAAGCCAGCGCAUUUAUCAGAUGACAUUUCAGGCUCAAACGAUUCCCCCGACGGCGGUAAUUUGAGUGACAAACAUGAAAGAACGUCGGGGCUGCUUCCAUCUGUUCGCGCCUUAACAGGCACAGCUGGCAGCGUGGCUUUCGGAAGUGAAGAUGAACGAGAAGCUUCACCCCCGGUGACCUUGACGGGGUCUGAGAGGAAUCCAUCUCCCGGCAACAGUAACCCUACGAGGGCUGAGAAUUCCCCUGCAGAACACGCCGACUCCCGAGAGGUCGCUCAGGAGCCGCUCAUAAUGGCAGAUGAAGAGAGAGGUCUUGGCCAUUUGAUGCCUGAAACCACUUUUGGAAAAGAAGCUCAAGAGACACCAGAUAAAUGUGAGAGUGUCGGCGAUCCAAGCUCGGAUGUGCAGUUGUCAGAGAGCAGCGCCAGUGACCUGACAAUUUCUCUGACACAAUCUGAGCUGGAGGAGGAUUUAUCAGAGGAUGUAGCGCCCGAGAGAAAUGCCUCUUACAGAGAAAGUGAUGUUCGCCGUCCUGAAUCAUCCCUCCACUCCAGCGCGUCUAAGAACACAUUCCAGUUACGCAGCGGAUCCUCAGCACCAGCUGUGACCUUCAAACGGUUCUGCUCCCAGGCAGUUGUGGCCCUAAUGGCUAUCCGUUGCCUCUCCAUGGAAGGACUCUUUAAUCUGCUAGAAAGCAUCGAAGGGCGACUCCACGAUGAACAGACCCUCGUGUACGGGGAUUCUCCGGCUGAUAGAGGACAAUUCGGUAGAAUUAUCAGGCUUUGUGACGAUGCAGCAGGCUUGAACGAUGAGGAACUGGAAGCUUGUGGAGCAGUCGUCCUUCACGAGCUUCAGAGGUUGUCAUGGAGCACAGAAACGGGCUGUCUGCUACCACAGGAAGUCGUGAGAGCGCAUCAGUCCAGCUCUGAGCCUAAUGAAAUCAGCUCCAGCCUUCCUCCUAAAGCCGCUCGGCUGUGGGAUCGCUGGUUCAAGCACGCCCUUGUGCUCAAGGAGCGCCGUGUCCUCAGCACUGAGCGCUUGGUCCAACUGUUCACGCCGCUCCUGCUGAAGCGUGAUGCCGCCUACAGCCAGCAGGCCAAAGUGUUGCUGAGGACACUUCUCUCGCGGUCCAGUGAGGAGUGCCCCUCGGCAGAAGACGAGAGCGACUUAUCUUCUGUGCGGGGUCCUUCUUCUUCUCCCAUGGCUGACACAAAUGUGAAACCCUCCCAGUCAGAACACAAGCAAUGUGCCAAAGAACUACAAAGCUCUGAAGAGGACAGCCAGGACGAAAGCCCUGUGGAAAGUGGUCCUAUUAGAGUGAAUAAUGGGCUCUUUUACACAAUGGCUGAGGCAGGAUGAUCAAGGUGAAUCCAGGGUCAAAGUCCCACCUGAAGAACUGCACUAGUUCUCUCUAAUUAUCUCCGAGAAAGCACUAGCCGCGCUUCCAGCCUGGUCUGAGGCAUUCUAGCAGGACUCAUAAUUCGCUGGUCCAGCAUAAUGAGUCUGCUUUAAUUGUCAGGGCGCCGGGGUGGGCAGCGCCGAAGAUCUGUCAUCGGCUCUCAUUAUCUUCUAAACAAUGCUCCGGCAUGGCUCAGACUUGAGAAAUACUAGAUGUGACGGCAUCCUGGAAGCAGCUGGUGCGCCCGUCCCUUAGCUGCACCUCUGAAAUGUAAAGCAAUCCUGUGUUACCCUCGGUUUGUCAGAUUUCCAACUGAGUUUUUCAUGUGUCCGCGUCCCCUAAGGUGCACAGCCAGCCAAAGGAGUCCAGUUUCCAAUCGCUGCACUUAAUCAAAAGAGCUAUAACUUGCUAAAAACAUGACUAAAGGUUUUGCAAGGGAAAGGUUUGCUGUGCUGAGCGGCGUCAGUGUCACAGUCAGAUACCUUGACCUUGGAACUGAUAGUAAUUGCCGAGACAUGCGCGCCUGUCAACUUAGAGGAUAUUUGAAGAGAAUGUGUAAAAACAGUGGCUGCAUAAAAGAUGCUUGGGUGAAACAGAAACCAUUGUUGUGCCCAGCAAACACUGUGUGCUUUUGAGAAAGUGAUUCCAAACCAUUUAUUCAUUUAGAAACUAUGUGAAACUGUGUUUGAUCAGAAAGAAUCUGAUUUAUUUCUCUCGUAAAUAUGCGUGGGUCUUUAUGUAAUUCUGUUUAUUUUUUUCCUAGGGAUGUAAGAAAAUAUUGAUGCUCUAAAAUAUUGCGGUAUACCUUGUUAUGCUGAAUCAGUAUUAAAAGUAGCUUGUCGAUUUUUUAUUCUAGAACUUACAUGCAAACAUUUACUGUAUUUCUUUUGUGUGGUGCAACACUCCGACCACUAGAUGGCAGCAGUUUUUAUCGUUCUGACGGAACCGCGAUAACAAUGAUGUGUCUUUGAAUCGUUGGCCUGGUUUUUCCAUUGAAGUUCACUCUUAAUGAUGGCAAAUACGGUCUGUGUUCUGUACUGUGAUAUUUAUUGUAUUGCUGUAUUCUUGCCAAUAUACACUCCUAUUUUCGAAAAUACCGACUCUUUAAUGUCCUCAAAUACACAUUUUUUAGUGUGUGUGUGCGUGUUUUAAGGUCUUUCACCGACAAACAACAAUACUUGUUCUUAUUGAGAAAUGAUUGGUCAGGCUUAGCCGCAUAUGCAUGCUGAACGUAAGCAUUUUCUUCAACCAUCAUCGCCUGCAUUAGCUGCAGAAAGAAAAUCACUGAUAAUAAACAAGUGGGUCAGAUAAAACCAAUUCCUUAUAUUUGUAAGGGGUUAAUUUACAUCUAAUUAAUGGACCAUAAGACAUGAGAUUCCAUAAUGAAUAUGGAAUCAAUCUUGUGGUCCUUUGGGUACUUUUAACCAGAAGAUUGGAACUUUUUAUUGCAGGGAUUAUGUAACACUUUGUAUUAACUGAGAGACAAGAGAAGAGAGAGUCACCUUUAAAACAUUUAAGAAGAUUUAUUUCUAAACAAUUUUAAACAAGACUAACUCUAAAUUGUAAGUGAUGAAUGGAUCUUGGUGUGAAUGAGACGUGAGAUGAAUGGUACCAUUCAUCUCAGUGAUGGAUACACAUACACGUGUAUGUGUCAGUGAUGCUGUAAUCAGAACUCUCGUAUCCGGAGAAGCAAGUCUGAGGUGUUGUGAUGUUUUAGCCUGGCAAGCCAGACUAAAUAAAUGUAUUAUUUAGUCUGGCAACGCUCCACUGACGGCUCUCGGUUGUGGGGCGGGUUCUACCGUUGUCUUUCAAAUGAUCUCCGCAUUCCACUGGACAAUGAAUGUGACAUACUCUUGUUUCACUCUGUUGCAUCGUCCCACCCACCAGGCAUAUAGAGUGCCCUGAUUGGCCCACAAAGCGGAUAAAGCUCUGUGAUUUGUUCACUAAGCAGAUAGAGCACUAGGAUUGGCCCACCAUUAUGGACCAAUCACAGCUCUUUAUGUGUUUAAAACCCCUCUAGAGAGCUGUGAUUGGCCAGCCAGAAUGCUGUUGGGGCUGCAGAGGUUCCAGUGGAGCGUUCCUAGACCAAACUUUGCAAAGCAAGAAUUUGGUCUAGUUCACUAGGCUAGUGAUGUUUUGCUUUUAGCUACGAUCGGAGUUUCAUAAACACAUUAGACGCCAUAUUGUCGCUCUACACACACCCUUAGGAUGAGACCUCCGUACAGAUCCAGAAUGCCAGGUACUUGAACUCCUCUUUCGGAACUGGAGCCGAUAAAACGGCGUCAGCAGUACGACAGACCAGUCUUUGGAUUGUCUCCAGAUAAAAAGCGGCAGUUGGUUGACAGCGUCAGAUGGACCCCCUUUGAGUCAUUGAGUUCAGCUUUUAUUCUGAAAGGAACCGUCGCUUGGUUGGUAAAAGCAACAGAUUUUAUCCAGCUUGUUGGUUGUUUGCUUAAAAAGGAAGUCCGAGUGGCCGGUCCGAUACUCCUCUUAGCAUGGGGUGGACUCCAGUGAACUGUAGAGAACUCAGAGAACUGAACUAAGAUGGCGUGGGGACCGGUUUUAUUAAUCUGGAUGUUUUGAUUUCUGGUCGAAUCAAAGUUGGCAGAUUUAUAAACACCACAGAGACUAUGCCACGCUUCAGAAAGGAAGGUUCUGAUUGGAUGAGUAAAAGCAAUGUGUCGUGCGUUUACAUUACGUGUGAUCAGCAUGUCUAGUGCAGCUAGAUUAAAGCAUACUAAUCAUAGCAUUGUCAUUUCACAGAUUGGUCAACAUAUUAGUGACUAACACUUUGUUUGAUUAGCUUUAUUAAAAAUAGAGUUCUUUGAUUUAUUAAAAUGAAAGAGUCCUUUGUCUUCAUUCGUCCCUUGAGCUGGAAAGGAAGCAGUUUAGAAGCAAAUGCAUGACCUUGAGGCAGUCUCAUGCAGAUUAGUUCUGUGUCAGAGGCAUCUGUGGAGAGAGGGUAAAUAACCUUCGGUGGAAUAGCACCUCCAUCACGUUACAUAUGUCAAAGGGAGCAUUUGCGUCCAUGGCCUCACCCAUGUUAGCCUGUGACUGCAGAAGGCUUUAUGGAUGUUGCAGCUAGGAGAGAGCAGAGUGCAUCUCGGCUAGUAAAAGCUAACCACUAGCAUUAGCUCCACAACGUGGCAAAACAAGUUCUGUGUUGCUUGUGCUCCGUCUUCUCAAACCCCCCAGUGAGUCGCGGCGGAUGGCUGCUCGGGUUCUGUUGGAGGAUUCUUCCUGUUAAAGGGGAGUUUAGUCCGUUUAGUCAUGUUUGUUUGAGGGGAUUGCUGUAAAGCCACUGACACAAGUCGAUGCAGUCUAAAAUGAAAAAUAACACAUUGAUGUUGCAUUCCUUUACCAAAGAAAGAAGACCAAAGGAAGGCAGUGGAAGAGUUGCUGUUAGCCAAUCAGAGUUGAAACGUUUGCAUAAUCAUGAAUACUAAUGAGCAAGCCUUCUAUUUCUGUCGUUUUCUGCCAUUCUACCCCUCUGACAAACUUCUACCCUCUUGAAACAGGAGCUUUUUUCCCCCACUGAAAACAACUCACAACGCACUCAUUCAUACUGAAGACACAGCAGAUUUACUGAAAAAGGGAGAAAAAAACGAGUGAAUGAGACCUUUAACAUAAAACAAUCAUUACUUUCCUGAAAUGAGACGCUGGGAUAAUGUGAGAUGCUGAUUUCUGUCCCUUGGAGACGGUUGCCCCAUUCAGUCGACCUAAAUCAACAUUUCAUCUGCUUUCACCCACUCUGUCGAACACAAAACCUCUGCUGCUGUUGUCUCACCAAACAGAAACCUUCGAAAGUUGGCUUUUGAGCAAAUAUUUGACCACAACUGUGUGUGUGUGUGUGUGUGUGUGUGUGUGUGUGUGUGUGUGUGUGUGU